GCACGAAACAUUAUUUUCUUUGUUCUGCAAUUUACCCCCCCAGCUAGCCAACCUGGUCUGAAACCUUACCGGCCCUUCUUCUCUAAUCCUGCUCUCAACCUUGCCGGAUAGCUAAUUAACCAGAAAAAACGAAGAAAAAGCAUGCCUUGCCUUUACAUCACCACCAACCUCAACUUGGAUGGAGUGGAUACAGAUCCCAUAUUUGCAGAUACCACAAAAGCUGUCGCCUCCAUCAUCGGGAAACCAGAACAUUUUGUUAUGGUGAUACUGAAAGGAUCAGUGCCAAUAUCGUUCAAUGGAAACAAAGAGGGAGCUGCGUACGCUGAGAUUGUAUCAAUGGGAGGCAUUAAUACAGAGGUAAAAAGGAAGCUGAUUGCCACACUCGGUUCCAUAAUGCAAGAUAAGCUCUCAAUCCCGAAGGCAAGAUUUUUUCUUAAAGUCUUUGACACAACUGCAACCGCAGCACGACCUAUCUCCAAGAUGUAAUCAAACUUAAUUAUGAACAGCUCCAAGAUUAUUGUGAUAUGAUCAAUGAUUAUUAAUGAUUUCUUUUUUUAAAUAAGAUUAGCUUUUAUUA